AGAGAGAGAGAGAGAGAGAGAGAGAGAGACAGAGGCCGUUGAAAUACAUUUUAACAAUUCGUGCCGUCAUCGAGGCAGUGAAAGUCUGGUCGUGCUGUCAGUGGAGAGACUUUAUUCUCUAUUCUCGCUUGUCACAUCAGACACACAUUUGCCCCAUGGAAAGCAUUCAAAGGGUCUGAGGACAUCUGAGCACACCCCUCUCUUCACACCAUGGAUACCACAAGCCCUGCAGCCUUCUUCACUCCCUUCACGAGCAACAGCCCGUAUGCGCCGACCAGCGCAGAACUACACCAAAACCAGACCACGAGAAACCCCAACACCCAGUGCAACAUAGACGGCGCCAGCAUGAGGAUCCCGCUGGCCGUCUUCUACACUCUCUUCUUCCUGAUCGGCCUGGCGGGGAACCUGCUGGCGCUGUGGGUGUUCCUACGGAUGCAGGCCAAGAAGACCUCCGUGCGGGUGUUCCUCAUCAACGUGGUGCUGGCCGACCUGCUGCUGGUCAUUUGCCUGCCCUUCCGCAUCGUCUACCACUCCAGCGGCAACAACUGGACCCUGGGGCCCGUGAUGUGCCGGGUGGUCGGCCACGCCUUCUACAUGAACAUGUACAUCAGCAUCACGCUGCUGGGGCUCAUCAGUGUGGACCGCUACCUGAAGAUCCACCGCUCCGCCAGCCGCAAGAGGUUCAUGAGGGGGCGCUGGAGCUACGUGGCCUGCGGGGUGAUCUGGACCAUGGCCAUCAUCAUCACCAUAGCCCUGAUCGGCACCACGAAGAAGUACGAAGGUGAGGGCAAAUGCUUCCAUUACAGGAAGACUUGCUCCGCGGGUUUGGUCUUCAUCAAGUUCUCACUGGUGGUUCUGUUCUGGUUGGUGUACGCCUUGCUGGUGAUCUCUUACCUCAAGAUUGGCAAGAUGCUGCAGCGAGUGUCCAAGGACAAGCCGGACCUGCCCAACGCGCAGAAGUACAAGCAGACGGCGCGCAAGUCCUUCUUCGUCCUCUUCCUGUUCACCGUGUGCUUCGUGCCCUACCACAUCGUGCGCGUCUUCUACAUCGUAUCGCAGGUGAGUGACACCCCCUGCGCCUGGCAGGACUUGGCCGACAAGGCCAACGAGGCGGCUCUACUGCUCUCGGCCUUCAACAGCUGCCUGGACCCGGUCAUGUACUUCCUGCUGUGCAGCUCCAUUCGGCGCAGCACCAUUGGUAUCUUAAGGAAGCUCAUCCGCGUGCCGGACGCGGCCGUGAGCAGCGUCUCCAGCAGUGAAAUGAACAGAAGCAUGCAGAAGCGACCAUCGUUGGUCGCCAUCAACGCUCAGAGCGAGAGGAUGCUCAUCCAUGUGCCGGCCGUGGGGAGAUGAGUCGCACAGAUAAGGCCACGACUGACACCGUGGAGACGAGAUUCUCACGGUUCUUUGAGUGCCUCUUGUUUGCUUCCAGAGACAGGGAAAAUACAUGACUCAAGGGGACAGACCAAGUGCGUAAAGUACUGUCAUCUUUCGCUUCAUCACAAGCCCAUCUGUUUAAGGCUUCUGAAAACUGGGGGGAAAUUGUAAUCUGUGUUGUCGGCAAAUGUGGAUAUGCAUUAUGUGUGAAGACGUCUAAAGACCAAAGCUUUUGGAGCCAGAAGAGACUUGUGUCUGUCCUCACUUUUCACAUUAGACGACAAAGUUGGAGAGAGGAACAUUCCUGUCAGCGAGGGGGAAUGUGACGUACCCUCACAGAGCAGGGGCUGCAGAGCCAUCUCAACCAAGUAACUCUAUACAAACCUCAGGACCAAGAUUUUAGCUUAAGCCUAAUUCUGGUUGGCUUUUUUUCUGGUCACAAUGACCAGUUUCUUCACAAAUGACUCGGCACAAAGGUCAAUUUUAGACAUAUGUACAUAAAAUAGUUGAUGUUCAAUUGGUGAUUAUUUGUAUUUUGAAAAAAAGUGAUAAAGAUAAAUCAUCCUUGUACACAGAAGGGAUUUGAUUACAUUUUGAACCAGUAAAAUCAAUUAUUACACUGCACACUAAUGACCGAGGACUGACAUGAGGACUCUUCCUGCAUUACACGGGGCCUUUUCAAGCCUUUCUUGGUGAGGUAAUGCCAUUGCCGGUUAAUCCUAUAACCAGUGCUACCCAGGCACAGAGUACAGCAGACACGGUGACUUCAUAACCCAAUCAAGACUACUCCUGACAUCCCAUAAGACCACUCUAACGAUCAAACCAACCCAUACCAUGCAAACCAGAUCCAUGUAAACACAAACAAAGUCUGUGUGACACGUAAAUCUGGUGAGACCAUGAGCCUAAUAAGAGGUACUAAUCCCUGAAAGAUUUUGCCAGUGUGACUCAGAUGGACUGGGAGCUUUAGCACUGGCUAGAACAAUGACUCAUAUUUCAGACAGCUUUCUGAGACCAUGCAGAGUUGACUUUCCUGCACAUGGCAAAUACAGAGCUCCCUCUCCUGGUGGAACAUGAUACUGUAUGGACACAAAAACAUCGAUACAGAGUACUUAAUCAUUUCUACCAUAAAAACAACAAUUACCAUCAAAAUGCAAUGGAUCUGAAGACAGGUUUUGUUUUCAUCAGAUUGCUCUGGUUGUUACAAAAUAAAAUAUAAAAAAUAAUAUGAAUAUAAAAUAAAUUGUAUUAUGUAUUAUAUUGUAUUAUG